AUGGGCGUCUGCACGGCGCAGGGUGACAGACGACGGCGCUGCUGGACGCCUGCCGCGGCCACUGGUGCGCCGUGUCGUCGAGCGUCGUGCCUUGCCAUGGGCGGCGCUGCUCACUGGCCGCACGUCGUCGCCGCGCCAGCUGUCCUCGGCGGCUGCGGCCAGUCGUCUUGCGCCCGCCUCCCGCUUCCGCCGCUACUGCUCGCCCCGAGCGUGCCGGCCGUAGCGCGAGGGCCGUGUGAGGCCGCACGGCGUAGCGCGAGGUCGAGGCGUCGAGGCGUCGAGGCGAGCGCGCGCCGAUGCGAGGGUGACGGUGCAAGGCCUGGUGCAUGCCGCGCAGUGAGUGUCGAUAGCAGUCACGUGCCCAUGUCUCGCCGUCUCGCCAUCACGCCCAUCCCGUCUGCUCCCACACCACGCCGCUCCCCACCACAGGCCCCUUGCACAGUCCAUCGUGAGAGGACGCAGCCCCCGCCCGCUGCGAUCCAUCGAGCCCUGGCGGCGCGCGCUGCAGGCCUCGCGCGUCCUGGCUGCUCGCUGCAGUCCUGGCCGUCCUGCUGCUCUGCUGCCGCAGGCUCCUGGGCUUCCUCUGGCUCCUCCCAGCCUGUGUGCGCCUGUCUCCCUCUUGUGCCCCAUCGCCGUCUCACGGCGCCCUCCCAGCCCGCGGUGCUCUGGCGCGCCAUUGGCCGCGACCCAGGACUCGCGGUGCAACGACGCUGGCCGUUUCAACCCGGCAGGGUGAAUGUGUUGCAACACGCAUUGGUACCUGGCAGCAGAUUCAAUAAGACGGGCGCCCCCAAGCACGCCGCUGCUCGCUGA